UCUUUUUCCGGUCUUGAAGAUGGGUAUCGAUAUCAAUCACAAGUGGGACCGCAAGGUACGCCGUACCAAGCCGAAAUCGCUAGAUGUCUAUUUGCGAUUGCUGGUCAAGCUGUACCGAUUCCUGUACCGGCGCACUCACAAAAAAUUCAACAAGAUCAUUCUUCGUCGGCUGUUUAUGAGCCGUACGAAUCAGCCACCAAUUUCUCUUUCUCGAGUGGCGAAGUUGUUGAAGCUGCGUGGCAAGGAUGAAAAUUCGAUUGCCGUUGUAGUCGGCACUGUGACCAACGAUGACCGCAAGCUGUACGUGCCGAAGAUGAGCGUUUGUGCGCUUCGUGUGACGGAAAAGGCCCGCGAACGUAUCCUGAAGUGGGGAGGUAAGAUCUACACUUUCGAUCAGCUCGCGCUCAUUGCCCCGACCGGAAAGAACACCGUGCUAAUGCAGGGAGAACGUACCGCCCGCGAGGCGUUCACUCACUUUGGCCGUGCUCCUGGUGUACCACACUCGAACACCCGCCCGUACGUCCAGUCCAAGGGCCGUAAGUACGAGAAGGCUCGUGGUCGUCGCAGCAGCUGUGGAUUCAAGAACUAAGGCAAAAUGGAAAUCAUUUAACAGUUGAUAAAGGAAACGACAUCCAAUUCCUUCUAUUAUUUGUGUAUUUAAGUGAAAUAAUAAUACAGAAAAAUUCCACGAA